GCUCAAUUCAAUUAAAUCAAUUGGUAUAACCGGUUUAAUUGAAAAUUGUACAAAACCGAACCGAAAAGCUAAGAGCGAGUCUAAGCGAGAGAGCAAAAGAGAAGGCACUGGAAGUUAUCGGAAUUUGCAUCUUUUUGAUUCCGCCGUUUUGCGUCUGACGUGUUCACGGCGGCAACCUCCAUGGACGACGGUGACCUCGGUAACAACCACCAUAACUUCCUCGGUGGAGCUGGUAAUCGUUUAUCAGCCGAAUCUUUGCCGUUAAUCGAUACGCGUCUUUUGUCCCAGUCAGAACUUCGCGCUCUCUCUCAGUGUUCUUCUCUAUCUCCAUCUUCUUCAGCGUCUCUCGCCGCUUCCGCCGGUGGAGACGACGAUUUGACACCAAAGAUCGAUCGCUCCGUUUUCAAUGAGUCCGCUGGUAGCCGGAAACAGACAUUUCUCCGUCUCCGCCUUGCGCGCCACCCUCAACCACCGGAGGAACCUCCUUCGCCGCAACGUCAGAGAGACGAUUCUUCCCGUGAAGAACAAACGCAAGUCGCGUCGCUUCUCAGAUCUCUGUUCAAUGUCGAUUCGAAUCAGAGUAAAGAGGAAGAAGACGAAGGAGAGGAAGAGCUCGAAGAUAACGAAGGUCAGAUCCAUUAUAACAGCUAUGUUUAUCAGAGACCUAAUCUUGAUUCGAUUCAGAACGUUCUGAUUCAGGGAACCUCCGGGAAUAAAAUAAAGAGGAAGCGUGGACGGCCGAGGAAGAUUCGGAACCCUAGCGAAGAGAAUGAGGUUUUGGAUUUAACUGGUGAAGCAUCUACGUAUGUGUUUGUAGAUAAAACUAGUAGCAAUUUGGGAAUGGUGAGUAGAGUUGGUAGUUCAGGAAUCUCCCUGGAUUCAAAUUCAGUGAAGAGAAAGAGAGGUCGUCCUCCAAAGAAUAAGGAAGAGAUAAUGAACCUAGAGAAGAGAGACAGUGCAAUUGUGAAUAUUUCUGCGUUUGAUAAGGAAGAGUUAGUAGUGAACUUGGAGAACAGAGAAGGUACAAUUGUGGAUCUCUCUGCAUUGGCUAGUGUUUCAGAGGAUCCAUACGAAGAGGAGCUGAGGAGGAUCACCGUUGGGUUGAAGACAAAGGAAGAGAUCUUAGGUUUCUUGGAACAAUUGAAUGGUGAAUGGGUGAAUAUAGGGAAGAAGAAGAAAGUUGUGAAUGCUUGUGAUUAUGGAGGAUACUUGCCUAGAGGAUGGAGACUUAUGCUCUACAUCAAAAGGAAAGGUAGCAAUUUGUUGCUGGCUUGUCGCAGAUACAUAAGCCCUGAUGGGCAACAGUUUGAAACCUGCAAGGAAGUCUCCACAUAUCUACGAUCACUUCUUGAAUCCCCAAGCAAGAACCAACAUUAUUACUUGCAAUCUGACAACAAGACUCUAGGACAACAACCAGUGAUAGCUAACGAAUCUUUACUAGGUAACUCUGAUUCCAUGGACUCUGAGACAAUGCAGUACCUUGAGAGUGGAAGAACCAGCAGUGAGGUGUUUGAGGAAGCAAAAGCCGUAGAGAAUGGCAAUGAAGCAGAUCGAGUGAAAACCAGUCUGAUGCAGAAAGAUGAUAAUGCAGAUUUUCUGAAUGGAGUUGAGGACAACGACGAUGAUAUGAAGAAAAGAGAUGGUAACAUGGAGAAUUUGGCGACUCUAUCGAAUUCAGAAAUGACGAAAAGCCUACCGACAACGACUAAUGAGCUUCAACAGUAUUUCAGCUCACAAAUCAACCGAGUUCAGUGACCAUUUCUUUUACCUGGAACAAAUUGUUUUCUCAUUCUAGUUCAGAUUUUAUAUUUUAUGCAAACUAAAAGCGUGUUGUAGCUAACUACAGGAUAUAGAAUUUGAAAGGGCCAUGUACAAAACAUUUGACAGAAACCAAAUUUUUUCUUCAAAAGAAAAUUUCUUUGAGUUUCAAUCUGUGAUUGAUUUGGAUUUGGAUUUGGAUUGGCAU